AUGCCUAGGAAACCUGCACUCAAGCGCCCACCGCCCAAGUUCGCGGACGACGACGACAUCCUCGACCCCGACUCGGAAGAGGACGAGUUUACCGACUACGUCGCGACCUCGCGUCGGCCAGCCGCCUCUUCCGAAGACGACGACGAAGGUUCUGACGGGUCAGAUGCCGAGUUCGACUCGGAGGACGAGGGUGAUGGCGUGGGCAUGUACGAGGCAGACGAGUGGGACGCUGCUGAUUCCGAUUCCGACUCGGAACCCGAAGACGAGGACACCACAAAGCUACGUAAGCUCAAGAAGGGCCUGGACGAUAUCCCCCUCGACACGCUCAUGCGCGUACAGGCUCGCAUGGGGGUUGCGUCCACCCAGCCGGUCGGGCGCGAGGAGAAACUCGCCAAGGCUAAAGCCAAGUUGGCUGCCAUGCAGCGGGCCAAGGGCAAGGCUUUGGGGGUCGAGGAUGAGGAGGCGCCGCGGAGGAAGAAACGGUUUGAGAGCGAGAGCGAGAACGAAAGUGACGAGGACCUGUCCCGGAGCAACAAGCAUGCUCCCGUCGCCAUGUCGUCGAAAAAGCAAGUCUCGCGCCGCCGGGGUGUGAUUGAUGUUCCCCGCGCCGAACGCCGCGACCCCCGUUUCUCCUCCAUCUCAGCUGAGAAAGCCAACGCCGACGUCCAUGCCAAACGCUACGCAUUUGUGCCCGAACUCCUCGACGCCGAGGUCAAGAGCCUGUACACCCAAGUCGUUGCCGCCAAGAAGGCCGAGAAGGCGUGCAAGCUUGUCGACAAGCCCCGCUUCACCGAGGCCAGGGAGGAGAUUGAGCGCGAGCUUGCGCAGGUUCGCACGCGCUUGGAUCGGGCACGAACGGAACAGCGCGAGCGGGAGGUGCUUGCCAAGCUUAGGGGAGAGGAGAAUGCGCGCCGGAAAGAGGGUAAGGGAGCUUGGUAUCUCAAGAAGAGCGAGAAGAAGGACUUGCUCCUCCAGGCCCGGUUUGAGGCUAUUGAGAAGAAGGGCGGGGCGAGGGCCGUUAAGAAGGUCGUUGAGAAGAAGAGGAAGAAGGUGGCCGGCAAAGAGAAGAAGAGCCGGCCGUUCAAAGCGGGUGGGUUUGCCGAGGGCGGAAGCGGAGAGAAGCGCCGCCGUGUCGGGUAG